CUGAUACAUUUUCUUUUCAGCGCUCAAGUUCAGUGCGUUGUGGUUGCCAUUUAUAGCGGACUAGCACAUCAAAUCUGGACAUUAUCAGCAUUCCUUAUCAAUUUAACAACCGUAACGCUCUACACAAUACUGGGUGUUGUCAUUCGGAAGGAUGGACGGAUUAGUAAGAUUUUUAAAACUAGCCGUGGAAGUAAUGCUAGAUUAUUGCGUUCAUUACGCGUCGUUGCGGCAUGCGUUGGGUUGGGGUGGCUGAUGACAAUGGUCGUAAAUUUGAUGACAUUCAUCCCGGAUAUCUCGGAUCUCGCAAUGUUUUAUACUGCUGCCUACGCCGGUAUAUUUGUCAAUGUGAGCAUCGCAUGCAAUUGGUUUAUCUAUUACUUUAGAAGGUGA